UCCUGGGCCACGGCCGCCCGGCCGGGUCCCCUGCGCGUUCCCGGGCCCGUAGCCGGCGCACGAUGCGCCUGGCUGCGUUUUGAUCGCCGCCGAGCCUCCGACUCCGCCGCGAUGAUCCCCCCCGAGCCGCCGCAGCAGCAGCAGCCCCUGCAGCCGCCGCCGCCCCCAGCCCAGCCGAACCAUGUGGUGACCACCAUCGAGAACCUGCCGGCCGAGGGCAGCGGCGGCGGCGGGAGCCUGUCCGCCUCCUCCCGGGUUGGUGUGCGCCAGCGGAUCCGCAAAGUGCUGAACAGGGAGAUGUUGAUCUCUGUGGCUCUGGGCCAGGUGUUAUCCCUCCUUAUUUGUGGAAUUGGCUUGACGAGCAAGUACCUGGCAGAAGACUUCCAUGCCAAUACACCAGUCUUCCAGAGUUUCCUCAAUUAUAUUUUGCUCUUCUUGGUCUAUACCACCACACUGGCCGUCAGACAAGGAGAAGAAAACCUCCUGGCAAUCUUACGACGCAGAUGGUGGAAAUAUAUGAUUUUGGGACUCAUAGACCUGGAAGCAAAUUACCUGGUGGUCAAGGCUUACCAGUAUACAACUCUGACCAGCAUCCAGCUCCUGGACUGUUUUGUGAUCCCAGUCGUGAUCCUGCUCUCCUGGUUCUUCCUGCUGAUCCGGUACAAGGCUGUGCAUUUCAUUGGCAUCGUCGUCUGCAUCCUGGGAAUGGGCUGCAUGGUGGGAGCAGAUGUGCUGAUGGGAAGACAUCAGGGAGCAGGGGAAAAUAAGCUAGUCGGGGACCUCCUGGUCUUAGGAGGAGCCACUCUCUACGGUAUCUCUAACGUGUGGGAAGAAUACAUCAUCCGAACCCUGAGCCGAGUGGAAUUCCUGGGAAUGAUCGGUCUCUUCGGUGCAUUUUUCAGUGGAAUCCAAUUAGCCAUAAUGGAGCACAAGGAGCUGUUAAAGGUACCCUGGGACUGGCAAAUAGGGCUGCUGUAUGUCGGCUUCAGUGCCUGCAUGUUUGGUCUCUACAGCUUUAUGCCAGUCGUCAUCAAGAAAACCAGCGCCACUUCGGUCAACCUCUCUCUGCUCACGGCGGAUUUGUACAGCCUGUUCUGUGGCUUGUUUCUCUUCCACUACAAGUUUUCAGGCCUUUAUCUCCUGUCCUUCUUCACCAUCCUCAUCGGGCUGGUGCUCUACUCCUCCACCUCCACCUACAUAGCCCAGGACCCCCGCGUGUACAAGCAGUUCCGCAACCCCUCGGGACCCGCCGUGGACUUGCCGACCACGGCUCAGGUGGAGCCCUCGGUCACCUACACCAGCCUGGGCCAGGAGACGGAAGAGGAGCCCCAUGUUCGUGUGGCCUAGCAUGAGGCCUGCCUGCCCUCUGAGGCCAGCUCAGUGGCCAUGUGUCUGCCCAUCAUCUCUGUAUUGUACAUAGAGAAAGGUAUUUACGAGGUGCAGUUCACCAGGGUGGACUGCAAGGUAGCAAAGCCUCCAAAAGCCUGUGGACGGGUCAAGCUUAACAUCACUGGAGACACAGGCUCCAACCUGCCCAACUUGGAAAGAUGCCUAGUUAGUGUGUAUCCUGACCACACACCCCCUGCAUUAAUUACUGUGAAAAUUUUUGAAUCAAAGGCAAGUAUUAUUAUUUGUAUUAUUAUUGUUAUUGUUAUUACACCAACUUUCAGGAGGAUGUUUUGUACUCCUGAUAGGAACUAUUGCCAGACCCACACGUAGUCAACAUAAAGCCCACUUUUCUACAGCAAGCCACUUUUUAAAGAAUCAUACUUUAUUUUUUUGCACAGACUAUACGAGUGAUGCAUGCCACAGGAGCUCCACCCCUGAGAAGUCUCCUUAUCCUAGGGACCCGGCGGCUAAUGGUUUCCCCUGUCACCUGUUGGAUUGCCUGCUCAAUAAGUAUUUUGUGCUAUGACCCUGGUGGGGAGGGGCAACUGACCAUAUAAUUCUCUAUUCUAGGAAUAGAUAUAAAACAAACAUUUUAGUCUUUUUAUAUUUCAGUCUCUGAUCACUCCGGGCCGUUGCCUUUCUGUUGUGCCAUGAGAUUCUGCUAACAAGUUCCUGUGGAAACAGGGCAAGGACUGUUCCAUUUCUGUGGCUUAUUGGAAAACCCAGAAAUAAUAUCAUUUGUGUUUAGGUCAAUAUAUAUAUAUUUUUUAAAUCUUGCUGCUUCUCCCUAUAUCCUUUCUUUAAGAACUAUUUUUUAAUUCUCUUUUUUUCCCCUGGAUUUCCUCAGUGAUAAUAUAGAAAUUAACCAAGGCACUGGAUAAAGACAUGGUCCUCUGCCCUUAAUCAUAUGACAGCUUUUUGAAAUAUACCAGCAUGGAAAUUAUCUUUUUUUUUUUUUUUUUUUUUUUGUGUGUGUGUGUGUGUGGCGUAUCAUUUGUUGUGCCACCUCCUAGUAAAGUCAAAGUGCUGAUGUGGAGCAGUCUUUGAAAAUAUCUCAAGUGAUCUGGUCACUUUAUAGGGGUAAAGAUGUCACCAUUGGAGAAGUCUGGCAUUUUGGUCAUAUUUGCCAUCCAUUCAAUAGCAGAAUAUAUUGACACAACAUUCUUAUGGAUACGGAGAAUAUUACAGGAUCCCCAUAAUUCUUUGAGUGAUAUGUCACUAAUCUAAUGCCCUUAAAAUAGCCCCCUUUUUUCAAACACAGGAAAUUAAGAAACACCACACACCUGUGUAAUGUAGAAUAGAUUCUAUGUGUUAGUGUGCCAAGUUCUUUUUAAGUUUAGCUGACUGCAAUACCAUUCAAAAAGAUCCUUGAUGGAAUGACAGGGUUUCUAAAGGCAAAAUCAAUGUUUAUGAAAUGUUGGGUAAUUCAAAUCACUGUAUCUGAAGCAAGCAAGCAAAGCAAAACACCAGUGGGAUCUCUCAAAAGCAGAAGGACAGAUUGGAGUAUAGUGAGGACCCCCAGAGUGCCUGAAUGAGGCCUAAAUCUGGCAGGGAAAAGCCUCCCAUGCCAUACCUCCAUAGCCACGUGGCCUUCUUGCCUGCCUGCUACACGGGGGUUGUGGGGGGGUGGUCCUGCCCAUAGACAUGGGGAAGAAAAGUUAUCUUCUCUGAUAGUCAGUUUUGAUGAUCAUCUCAGUUCAGCCCCUUUACUACCAUUUCAUUUUCUGCGGGAGGGGGAGAAUCAAUGUCAAAGCACUAUGUGUAUCCAAUCAAAACGACUUUGCUAACUUCUGCUGUCUGCUACCUUUCAGACCAAUUAAAUACCUUUCUCUCACUAUUUUGUCCAUUCAGAUCUGAAGACCUUUAAAGACUGUGGUUUUUAUUUUUGUGUUUACAUUCCUUUGGUUUGCAUAAUUUGCUUGAUUUAUUGCAUUUUUAGUAUUUAUUUUAAGCCAAAUGUUUUUGUCUUUUGGAUUUGUUUUUAUGACAUUAAUUUGUAGACAUUUAGUAAAGUCUUAUGAGAAGCAAGUGGAUGAAAGUAUUUCUAAGUUCACUCAGUAGACUGGGAAUUUUUUACAAAUUUGAAUUUCCAAAAGGUUUACUAUCAAUAGAUGGCUAAAGGUUGCCAUCUGAAUUAUUUUAUAGAAUAUUUUAAUUGACUCCAUUGUAUGGAAACCAAGUGUGAAUGUUAAGAUGAAUUCACUGUAUACCCCUCAUCAUUCAGCGUCCUUGUAUUCAAAUAUUCAUGUCACUGGGUGACCGCACUGUGUUGGUUUGUCUCCAUUUAGAAAGGUUGAUAAUAUAUUGAGUUGUUCAAGAUCAGGAGUUCAGACUGAACUUUCAGGAAAAAAAAAAAGCAAAGAACAAAUUCUUUUUCUAUGUAAAAAACAUUGAUCCUUUGGGAAUGGGGAGGGAAAUGGGCGUAGGACAACAUUAACUCUAGCUGUUUUAGUUUCUGAGAUUUCAUAACCUCCACGAGACACCAGCAAAAAUUUCAGCUUUUCAAUCUACCACCAAUCUCUCCUCAAAAAUGGUGAUUUUAGUAAUUUGUGUAGAAUUCGAUUGGGUACCAGCAAACUACAGUUCUCCUAUACCCCGCUAGAGAAGGGUGGUGGUUUUCACUUCCUCAAUAAAAACUUGCACUGGGGCCAGAGCUUGCCUAGGUCAGACCUUCCCCCAGCUUCAAACUCUUAAAAUACUCAACCAGGUAGACCCAGCAAUGGGAAAAUUUGCACCACUGUGUCCCAUAAAAAUGUUUAAAUGUUUAGUUUAGAUAUUGCUAACUUGUGCUAUUAACCUUUUUGACAAGCGUGUAGUAUUGUUUGUUUUGGGUUUGUUUUUGAUUUAUAACCAUUUUAGUAGUCCCCAGCUAGCUAUCAGUACAGAUUUUACCCCAUGGGUAGGAUUCUAUUGUUAAGCCACAUAACAAAGCACACUAAUUCUGACACUGCAAAUGGAAAAUAUGAACCAAAAAAGAAAUUGACACCGAUGAGUUGAACCAACUGUCCAUUUUUGAUAUUUGCAUGCUCCCCUAUGGACUGGCUGUGGCAAUGUAAUGCCUGUAUAAUGUUUUCAAAUAAAAAUAAAUGCUUUAUGAAAGCAC